GGGACAUUGGUGAGGAUGGAGAAUACGGGUGGGCUGCAGGCUUUGGGGGAACCCUUUUGGAUAAGGUGAGAGGGCAAAAGGAGCUGGGCCCCCCCGCCCCCCGGGGGACAGAUCUUUCCACAGGGGGCCUGAAGAGGCAGCCAACAUGCCUGGCACACCCUAAGGCCUGAAGCCCCGCUGUGAACCACCUUAGGGUCCUCCCCUAAAUCAUUAGGCUCCUGUUUUCAUGCUGACCCUGAGCUCCCUGAGAAGAGCUCUCUGAGAUCUGCUCCCCUCAUACCCACUCAUCCUGCAGUACCGGGUCCUAACCUAGAAGACACUGAGCUGAACUGAUUAAAGUUAGCUAAAGAUCUGACCGGGAAAAACAGCCCUCCCCGGUCACCAAGGUGUGUUUUAUUUGGUUAUUUGGUGCCAGAAUAGAAUGACUAUAAGCUAAGCACUUGCCCUACCACUGAGUGCUCCCCACCCCGCUUUUGAGAUGUAGCCCAGGCUGGCCUCAAAUUCUAAACGUAGCCAAGGAGGUCCUUGAACUCCUGAUUCCUCUCCCUCUGGAGUCUGGGAUUCCAGGCCUGAACCACCACAGCAGGUUUCUGCAAGUGCUGGGGUUGAACCCAGAGCAUGCUAGGUAAACACUCCACCAACUGAGGAGCUGCAUCCCUGCUCUCCUGACUGACCCUUUUGGGGAAUGUAGUGUCAUGCUUUCUUUUUGUCUGUGUGUUUGUUUUUUCAAGACAGGGUUUCUCUAUGUAACAGUCCUAGCUGUCCUGCAACUAGCUCUUGUAGACCAGGCUGGCUUUGAACUAACAAAGAUCUGCCUGCCUCUGCCGCCCAAGUGCUGGAAUUAAAGGCAUGUACCACCACCGCCCAGCCCGAAGUCUCAUGCUUUCUAGGAUGGUCUUCAACUCCUAACCUCAAAUGAUCCCUAUCCUAUCAGCUUUCUGGAUAGUUUAAACUACACAAGUGUGCCACGACGCUCAGAUCUACUUCAUCUAUUGUUGUGCCCAAGGUUAAGCCCAGAAUCUUGUGAAUGCCAGUAACCUUUCUGCCACCGAGCUACCUCCAGCCCUCCUAGGUCUGUUUUAAUGGAUUGUGAGGAAGCGCUGCCCCGACCCGAUAUGCUGAAAUAGAAGGGUGUUGGGCCGUCUGGUCUCUCUGUCCCCACGGCUUUGACAGACUAUGGCUCAUGAGUAGCAUAAAGGGGGAGGAAAUGCGCUAUUGUGCGUGUGUGAGAACCUGUGGAAGGCUGUCUGGGACCUUUGCCAUCCUUGUGCAGGCCACUGCCUGCCUACUGCCUACGGUUUUAAGGGGCUCGAUGACAAGAAAAAGACUCAAAGACUUCCAAAACUCUUCGUUUAUGAUAAGCUGAAGUCACAGCCCUGGGGGAAAUGGAGGCAAGGAAUGUGACAGUGGCCCUCACCUCUCAAACAACCAGAGACACCAGAGGCCAGCUCAGUCUGUACCAUUAGCUCUCCUGACCCCACUCCCCCAGUAUGUGCCCCAUAAUAAUAAUAAUAAAACCAAGGGGGAGACAUCAGAAGAGGGGAGAGCUGAUGAGAAUAUUGGCGUAGCUAGGAGGCAAAGUGCUUGUCUAGUGUGCACUAGGCCCUGGGUUCAAAAACAAAGGGCGUGGGCCUCUGAGGCCAGUGGUAUGAUGAAGUUCAGAGUAAGGUCACCCAGCCUAAAAGACUCCAGGAGCUUAUUCAGAAGAGGCAGGACCUGUCAGGCCUGAAGCGAGGGUAAGUCGUACACAGGGCAGAGAUCAGCACUGUGCGAGCCUAUGGCAGUGACUUUGGGGGGUUGGAACUUUCUUUCCUGUUUUUCCAGCUUUGGGAGGUAGGGUGGAGGGACAGGUAGGUAACUGUCAUCUACACAUCGGGGAAACUAAUUACUGGACUGUGGGUCACCUAUGACUUCUGGCUUUCCCGGAAAAGCAUUGUGAAGGCCAAUCAUAGUCCCAGCACUCUGGAGCCUGAGGCAGAAGAAUUGUCCUGAAUUCCAAGUCAGCCAGAGAUAUGCUUUGAGAUCCUAUCUCAAGGAGAAAGGAGAGGGAAUAGGGAAACCCCACUGAAGGGGGUUAGACGGGUAUAGGAAGGGAAAUUGCAAGUGGGCAGUGGUGGCACAUGCCUUUAAUCCCAGCACUCAGGAGGCAGAGGCAGGUGGAUCUCUCAGUGACUUCAAGGCCAGCCUGGUCUACAAGAGCUAGUUCCAGGACAGGCUCCAAAGCUACAGAGAAACCCUGUCUCGAAAAACAAAAACAAAAACAAAAAAAGGAAGGGAAAUUGCUGAGCCCAGGAGGGAGACUGAAACUGAGAACCAUGUUGGAAGGGCAGGGAAAGAAAGACUUGGGGAGAGAGGACAAGAAGUAGGGCCGUCUUGAGCAGGUAGAAGACAGGACCCCAGUGACGGGACAGGAUUCCUGGGCCUGCAACCAACGAAUAGCUACUCGGUCACAGGAGGCCUCUUCUCUCUUUCAGGUUUCCACUGCUGAAGUUGUGGCACCAAAGGCUUACAGCCUUGGCCAAUCAUCUGCCCCUGAGGUCAUAGACUCCGCUCCCAUGCCUUGCCUCUGCUUGCUUUGGGACAGACUCUGCACCAGGCUACCACCCUGGAGGUGAAAGCCAUGCUUGUACCUUAGCAUUCCCCAUGAUGCCUCAGCCCAGUUUCUCUUCCCACUUGGACACGAUGUUUGCCAAUUCUUCAGCCAAUGCCUCUUCUACCAACAGCCCUGUGCCCCAGUGCCGUGACUAUCGGGGUACACAUCGUCUGCAUAUGGUGGUCUACAGCCUGGUGUUGGCGACUGGUCUCCCUCUCAACGCUCUGGCUCUGUGGGUCUUCCUGCGUGUGCUGCGCAUAAACUCGGUGGUGAGCGUGUACAUGUGUAACCUGGCAGCCAGCGACCUGCUCUUCACCCUGUCAUUGCCCCUGCGCCUCUCCUACUAUGCACGGCACCACUGGCCCUUCCCGGGCUUCCUGUGCCAGAUGUCGGGCGCCAUCUUCCAAAUGAACAUGUACGGCAGCUGUAUAUUUCUGAUGCUCAUCAACGUGGACCGCUACGCGGCCAUCGUGCACCCGCUGCGACUGCGCCACCUGCGGCGGCCCCACGUGGCGCGGCGGGUCUGCCUAGGCGUCUGGGCGCUCAUCCUGCUCUGCGCCGUGCCCGCCGCCCGUGUGCACAGCCCGUCCUCCUGCAGGUACCAGAACAGCACCGUGAGCCUGUGCUUUGAGAGUUUCAGCGAUCAGCUGUGGAAGGGCGGACUGCUGCCGCUCCUGCUGCUGGCUGAGACCCUGGGUUUUCUGCUGCCCUUAGCGGCUGUCGUCUAUUCGUCGGGCCGGGUCUUCUGGACGCUGGCGAGGCCCGACGCCACUCAAAGUCAUCGGCGCCAGAAGACCGUGCGCCUCCUGCUGAUCAACCUCGUCAUCUUCCUGCUGUGCUUCGUACCCUACAACGCCACGCUGGCUGUGUAUGGGUUGCUGCGAGCCAACCUGGUGGAAUCCAGCCUUGAGGCCCGCGAUCAGGUGCGCGGUGUGCUGAUGGUAAUGGUGCUGCUGGCCGGCGCCAACUGUGUGCUGGAUCCGCUGGUGUACUACUUCAGUGCCGAGGGUUUCCGCAACACCCUUCGCAACCUGGGCACCGCGCUCCAAACGAGGCCUCUGUCUACCAAUGGGGCUCGAGGGGCACUGACCGAACCACCCUCAGAAACCACCCAAAACACCGGGCAGGAUGCCACCAGUCAGGGGUUACUUCAGCCUGGCAAUCUGGAAACACACAUUACCCAGAGCCCCCAGGAUUCAGCCCUCUGAAAGGACACAAUGUCACAGUGUACUCUUGGGCCUCCUUUAGGGUAUAUAUUUCAGGGUGGUGGGCUGGGAACUUGGACUUUGAAGCAACUCCAGUCCUAGUGUGCAGAAGGAAAUAAGUGUGUAAGCAAAGACAGGAAAGCAAGACUUUUGCUGGUGACAGCAUUAGCUCUGGUUUUAAAUCAGAGGAAGUCUGCUCCAGGAAGUAGGAAGCCAUGUGGUGAGUAUGCCCAUGGCUAAGAGCUGGUACAUGGAACAGAAGCUGGAUCUCCUGGAUUUAGGUCAUCAGUCUGAGAACUGAAGAUUCCCUCAUCUUGGUGAAUCAACUACACAGAAAUUCAUCCAUCACUUUCAAAUACAAAACUUAGGGUUGGUGGUAGAACCUAGAACCCACUGCCUGCACAUGCUUGGCCACCUCAUUCCCACUGAACCCCAUCCCAGCCCCACCUGCUGCCUUCUGUGCUGACCUGAGGGCCAUGGAUGCCACACCACCUGCCCUCAAGUCCAUUUGGCUUCCCUGCACAGGUGGAGGCAGAAUACAAAGGUUUAUCUGA